AUGAGAAUCAACCACGUGCUCCCAAUUCUCCCCCUCGCCGGGCUGACCCUUGGGUGCAACCACCAUCACAACGAUAAGAAAUGGACUGCUGAAGAGUUGGCUGAGCUUGAGGCAAAAUGGGGUUUCGACUGGGCAUUCGGUGGUAUUGGCACUUUCGCGCACCUGAAUCACGUUAAAUGCUUGACAGAGCCAACAGAGCCUUACGACAUUGCCAUUAUAGGCGCUCCAUUCGACACCGCUGUGACGUAUCGUCCUGGCGCACGAUUCGGUCCACGCAGCAUUCGACAUGCCUCAGGGCGCCAGCACUCCCUUCGCGGCUACAAUCCCCGAGCAGACAUCAAUCCAUAUCAAAACUGGGCUAAGAUCGUGGACUGCGGAGAUAUCCCCAUAACACCUAUCGAUAACGAUAUUGCCCAGAAGCAGAUGACGCUGGCGCUGGAGCAAUUGGGAAUGCGUAGAACUGUGUCAUCUAUAUCUUCGAAGCCCAAGCUCUUCACGCUCGGUGGCGAUCACAGCUUGACUUUGCCGGCCCUUAGGGCAUUGAAGAAGGUCUAUGGAGAUCGUGAGAUCCAAGUCCUUCAUUUCGAUGCCCACCUGGACACUUGGAAUCCUCACGCAUAUCCCUCUUACUGGGGAACAACACCAUUCAACCAUGGAUCCAUGUUCUGGCUAGCCAACCAGGAAGGGCUUCUGUCCAACUCAUCAUCCCAUCCUUCGGUCCACGCUGGCUUGCGAACACGGCUCACGGGCAUACAAGACAACGAAGACGAUACUGCGCAGAAUUGGAUCAGAUUCUCCGCUGAUGAUAUCGACAAAAUUGGUACUCAAGGCAUAAUCGAUGGCAUAAUGAAGAUUCUAGGCACCGAGAAUCUGGUCUAUCUAUCAGUAGAUAUUGACGUACUUGAUCCAGCCUUUGCGCCAGGAACUGGCACGCCUGAGCCAGGUGGUUGGUCUACCAGAGAGUUUAUUAAUAUCUUGAGAGGUAUUGAAGGUCUGAACCUGGUUGGCGCUGAUGUUGUAGAGGUUUCGCCUAUCUACCAGGGGGCCGGUGAAGAGACGACUUUUGCGGCUGCACAGGUCGUUUAUGAGAUUUUAACGUCUAUGGUUAAGAGAGGACUACAGGACCUAGGAAGAUCAGACAAGGCUACUAAGGAUGAGCUAUGA